GAGGAGAGGUGACUUGAGUGCCCCGGGCCGCUGCCGACCUCCGACCGAGCGGAGCCAAAAUGUCCCCGGAAUCCAAAAAGCUUUUCAACAUCGUUAUUUUAGGAGUUGCCUUUAUGUUUAUGUUCACCGCCUUUCAAACUUGUGGAAACGUGGCGCAAACUGUCAUCAGGAGCUUAAAUAGCACAGAUUUUCAUGGCAGUGGAUAUACCAGCCUGGCGAUUAUUUACGGCGUGUUCUCUGCUUCCAACUUGAUCACUCCAUCCGUGGUUGCCAUCGUAGGACCUCAGAUCUCUAUGUUUGUCAGUGGUUUGUUUUACAGCAUGUACAUUGCCGUUUUUAUCCAGCCUUUCCCAUGGUCCUUCUACACAGCGUCUGUUUUCAUUGGAAUCGCAGCUGCUGUACUUUGGACAGCACAAGGGAAUUGCCUGACAAUAAAUUCCGAUGAGCACACAAUCGGGAGAAACAGUGGAAUUUUCUGGGCGCUCUUACAGUCUAGCUUGUUCUUUGGAAAUCUCUACAUAUAUUUUGCCUGGCAAGGGAAAACUCAAAUUUCAGAGAACGACCGCAGGACAGUGUUCAUUGCUCUGACCGUGAUAAGCCUCGUGGGGACAGUUCUGUUCUUUCUCAUUCGGAAACCAGACCCUGAGAUUGUCCUUGGAGAGGAAGAGUCUUGCGACGACCAGGACAUGGAAGCCUCCGAGUCUGCCCAGGACAAUGUGACAAAGGCAGUAGAUGCGUUUAAGAAGUCUCUGAAGCUAUGUGUCACCAAGGAGAUGCUCCUCCUGAGUGUCACGACUGCCUACACAGGUCUGGAGCUGACAUUCUUCUCUGGGGUGUAUGGCACCUGUAUUGGGGCUGUAAACAAAUUUGGGACAGAAGAGAAGAGCCUCAUUGGACUCUCUGGCAUUUUCAUCGGCAUUGGGGAAAUUUUAGGAGGAAGCCUCUUUGGCCUGCUGAGCAAGAAUAGUCGCUUCGGCAGAAACCCCGUGGUGCUGCUGGGCACCCUGGUGCACUUCGUCGCCUUUUACUUGAUCUUUCUCAACAUGCCUGGAGAUGCACCCAUUGCCCCUGUGGAAGGGACCAACAGCAGUGCGUACAUCAGGCCCAGCAAAGAAGUUGCCAUUCUAUGCAGUUUUCUGCUGGGUCUGGGCGACAGCUGCUUCAACACCCAACUGCUUAGCAUUUUGGGUUUUCUCUACUCAGAGGACAGUGCGCCAGCCUUUGCGGUCUUUAAGUUUGUUCAGUCGAUCUGCGCAGCCGUGGCUUUUUUCUACAGCAACUACCUCCUCCUUCACUGGCAACUCCUGGUCAUGGUGAUAUUUGGGUUUUUUGGAACCAUUUCUUUCUUCACUGUGGAGUGGGAUGCUGCUGCCAUUGUGGCCCGAGGCUCUGACUACCGAAGUAUUUGAUGCGGCAUUUAUCUCCAGGAAGCACAGCUGGUUGAAGUG